AUGCCGACAGGAUCAGAACUAAUAAUCCGCACAUUUCUUAACUCAAUCCAUAAAAUAACAGACGAUCUAACUACAUUGAAAACUGAAGAAUAUAUACAAUUGAUUAAGAAACUAUCAAUAACACUUGAUAAUCUUUCUGAUGAUUUGAAUACAACAGCAACGACAACUCAGUCUAAAGAUGGCGCAACACCACAUGACCUCUAUUCAAAUCCUAUGUUUAAAAUGAUAUUUGAUCAACAUGAUCUUUUAUUAAGAACAUUAUGUUCUAACUACAAUCAAAGAGGGACGCAACAUGAUCCUACAGCUAAGGCUAAAGCAUUAUCCUCUAUAUCUCAAAUCCAAUCAUCUGCACAAUCACUUGUAACAAACUCAAUUCCGAUUCAACCGAUUAUGACUUCAAGUCCGAAAAAGCCGUCUACAUCCAGUACAAUAAAAAUUAACCCACCGGCUCAAAUCCAAUGA